CCCUUGUUUCGGACGAAUCGCUCACGUUGUACACCUUAAACCAUGGCGAGCCCUCUAACGGCCUGGUGUGCCGCUCUGUGGAUCGGAUGUGCUCUCAUCGCCAGCAUCAAUGGACACGGCAUGGUCCUCGAUCCGAUUGCACGAGGAUCGCGUUGGCGGUGCAACUCCCUGGCCUUGCCCAACUACACGGACAACGAGCUGUUUUGCGGUGGGUUUCAGGUGCAGUGGGGCACGCAUAACGGCCAGUGCGGUAUCUGCGGGGACAACUACGGAGACUUGCGGCCCCGGCGCCACGAGCUCGGUGGCCAGUUCGGACACGGUGAUAUUGUGAAGCAAUACGUGCGUGGCAGUGUGAUCGAGGCGAGAGUACGACUUACCGCAAACCAUCGAGGAUACUUUUACUUCGAUUUGUGCAAUCUUGACGGUAGAACCGAAGAGGAAAGCUGCUUCAGCCAGUAUCCCCUGUACCUGGUGGAUGGAAGCCGCAACUGGUACCUUCCCUCAACGGAGGUCGGCGAAUUUCGUGUUAGUUUGAAGCUUCCGGAAUCGCUCACAUGUACCCAUUGCAUUUUCCGGUGGACAUACGUCGCUGGAAACAACUGGGGAUAUUGUCCAGACGGUAGCGGCAAGCUCGGUUGUGGUCCACAGGAAACGUUCAAAACGUGCUCUGACGUACGCAUUGCCGCUCCAGCGGAUAUUAAUCCUAGCUUCGCUUACUGCACAAAGGCUGUCUAACGACGGGCUCGAUUGGUUAGCGGUUUACUUUAGGCUCACACUUCUAGGUAGUGAUAUAUCGUCAUUUCGGUAAAAUUUUAACAAGAAUAUAUGAAACGAGCACUUGG